GAUAUUAAUUCCCAGAUACUGACGACUGAGGGCUGGUUUUAUAUGACCUGGAUUGAUGAGCAUCUGAUAUGGAAAAAGGAAGAUUAUGGUGGAAUCGGUACCAUUCGUGUCAAACAGGAUGAAGUGUGGAUACCCGACAUAUUUUUAUUUAACUCGGCGGACGUGGCGUCAAUCAAAUAUAAUGUGAUUCAAACUAAACUAGUGUUAUUUAAUAACGGAUGGUUGGUUUGGGUGCCGCACAUACUAUUCAAAUCUAUAUGUGAACUGGACUUAACCGACUGGCCAUACGAUCAGCACAAUUGUGGCAUAGAGUUGGUCACGUGGUAUGAGGACGGCCUCACUAUCAAUAUAUCUGCGGACUCCAAACUAAUUCUCAAUCACUACUGGAAGAGUGAGGAAUGGGAUGUCUUAGAGACCGAAUCGGAACGAUUGUCAUACGAUAUAUCAGUUACAAACAUACAUUACCCGGACAUCACAUUCACAAUGAGAUUGAGGCGCAAGACAUCCCUCUAUCACUACACGGUCUUCAUUCCCGUCACGACUGCUGUUAUUCUCAAUCUAUUGAUGUUUUGGUUUUCAAUCCGAUCAAACGUCAGAUUCCUGUUGUCAUCUCUAAGUCUAUUACUUCUAACAAUCAUUUUAUUAUAUUUGGGAUUAAAAUUUAGUUUCGGAACAAACACUAUGCCAUACGCCGUUCGUUAUAUAAGUCGAAUAAUAUUAACAAUUGGUUUAACUCUGGUUUGGACUACAAUUGCACAUAACGUACAGAAUCUGAACAUUCAAUUGCCUGACGUUAUGAGACGAGUGACGGCUACCACUCAAUGGCUUGUCGUCUAUUCAGACAAUGAAAACAGCGAUACAAUUGGC